UCGAUGAGACGCGACUUACCAAGAGCCAAAUAAUUCAAUAAAGGAAAACUUAAUGGCUGUAAGUACUACUGCUCAGUCUGCCAAGCAGGUGCAAGCUUCUGAAGAAGCAAUUAAUCAAGAAAAAUGUAUUAAUGAAGAAUAUAAAAUUUGGAAAAAAAACUCUCCUUUUUUGUAUGAUUUGAUUAUUACGAGAGCUUUGGAAUGGCCAUGUAUGUCUCUUCAGUGGUAUCCAGAACAACAAAUGUUUCCUGAACUUGGAUAUACGGAACAAAAUAUGCUGUUAGGUGUCCGUGCUGACGCUGGAAAAUACUACCUUGCAAUUGCUGGCAUUCAACUACCUUACCUAAAUCAAAAUACAAAUCCUACUACUAUGGAAAAGGAUGAACAGGAAACGUCUCUUCGAGUCAACGUCCGCCAACUUUACUCUCAUCCAGAAUCAGUCAGCCGGGCAACAAUUAUGCCUCAGGAGACGAGCCACGUUGCUACUAUUGGGAAUAGCCACAAUGAUAUUUUAGUGUUUAACGGAUCAUCUUUUAACUCUUACAAUCCUUCAGGUGAAUUCCCAAUUCAACCUGCCAUGAAACUGCAAAAGCACAGCUUACCCUGUACGUCUUUGUGCUGGAACUAUAUGAAACAAGGGCAAAUGGUUUCGGCCUCUCGAGAUUCCAGCAUCUGUCAUUGGGACAUUGAGCGUUACAAUGAAGGCAAUCCUUCUUCUGCGUUAAAAGCUCAAGUGUCUACACAUGAAAAACCUGUUAAUGAUGUCAAAUACCAUUUUAAACAUGCAGAUAUUUUUGCUUCUGUCUCUGGCGAUCAACAUCUUCACCUUCAUGACAGCAGACGUCCAGACUAUUCAACAACCCCUUUGAAAAGCAUCCAUGCGCAUUCUUCGGAUGUGAAUGCACUCGCCUUCAAUCCUCACAAUGACUUUAUUAUGGCUACUUGCUCAGCAGAUAAAACGAUUGCCCUUUGGGAUCUCCGGAAUCUUAAUAACCGCUUGUACACACUUGAAGGACACGAGGACCAUGUUAACAAUAUCAAAUUUUCUCCUCAUGAAGAACCCGUGCUGGUUUCUACAUCUCUCGAUAGAAGAACUUUAAUUUGGGAUCUUUCGCGUAUCGGUGAGGAUCAGUCCGCUGAAGAAGCUCAGGAUGGGCCACCCGAACUCCUGUUCAUGCAUGGCGGCCACACCUCCUGUACCAUUGAUAUGGAUUGGUGUCCUAAUUACAACUGGACUUUAGCUACUGCUGCUGAAGACAACAUUCUCCAGCUCUGGACACCCUCCCGUUCAAUAUGGGGAAAUCAACAUCUUGAAGAAGAAGCUCUAGCUGCUUAAAAAGUGGCAUAAAAAAUCGAUUAUGAAGUAAUAAUCCCAAGUUAAAACAAAUAUUACUGGUUAUAUAUGGAGUUUGUGAAUGCAUUUCUAUUUACAGAUUAAACUUUCUUGAAUGAGGACCUUUUCCAUUUAUUAUAAGAAUAAAUAAACAACUAAAAACGGAAUUGUACCCAAC